AUGCCGCCCAGAAAACGCGACAAAAAGUCGGCGUCACCAUCGCCACAACCGCCGUCGCCCAAGGGCAAGAAGCGGCUCAAAAAAAAGCUGCCGUCGUCGUCAGAUUCGCCCACCCGAACGUCGCCUCUAUGGGACUCGCCGUUGGGCUUCUUUCUGAGCCCCUUUCGACCCACAACCACCCAAUGGGGCGCCCGAUACAUGUACGUGUCAUUUGCGCUCAUCAUCCGGGCCGCGGUGGCUCUGGGACCCUACUCGGGUUUCCAGCAGCCUCCCAUGCAUGGUGAUUUCGAGGCCCAGAGACACUGGAUGGAAAUCACCACCGCCCUGCCAAUCAGCAAGUGGUACUUUUACGACCUGCAAUGGUGGGGGCUGGACUACCCUCCUCUGACAGCCUACCAUUCGUGGCUGUGUGGAGUCAUUGGCAAGUACGUGAACCCGGAGUGGUUUGAAUUGGACGCCUCCAGAGGAUGUGACGCUUACGGACUCAAGACGUUCAUGCGACUCACAGUUCUGCUUUCCGAGCUACUCAUUUAUAUCCCGCCUGUCAUUUCAUUCGCAAAAUGGACCGGCAAGCAGUACGGAUACUUCCCCACCGAUCUGUCCAUUUCAGCCGCUGCCAUCAUCUUCCAGCCUGCCCUGAUUCUUGUGGAUCACGGACAUUUCCAGUACAACUCUGUGAUGCUGGGUCUGGCGCUUCUGGCGUUUGUCAACCUGAACCACCAGAAGUACGUUGUUGCGUCCUUCUUCUUUGUCGCCUCGCUGUGCUUCAAACAGAUGGCUCUCUACUACUCGCCUGUCAUUUUUGCCUUCCUGCUGGGACUCUGCGUGUUCCCCAAAAUCAACCUCCGACGAUUCAUUUCCAUCGGAGUCACUGUCAUUGUGUCCUUUGGCGUCUUCUUCCUGCCUCUCAUUCUUGGUGGAGGCAUGGAUCAGGUCAAACAAUGUCUCAUUCGAGUCUUCCCCUUUGGACGAGGACUGUGGGAAGACAAAGUCGCCAACUUUUGGUGUGCCGGAAACACAUUCUUCAAGUUCAAGCUGAGGUACACCUCUGAGCAGCUACAGAUGUAUUCUCUGACUCUGACUCUGGCUGCUAUUUUGCCCGUCAUGCUCAUUGUCUUCUUCAACCCCAAGCGAAAGCUCAUUCCUUGGGCGUUUGCUGCCUGCUCGUGGGCUUUCUACCUCUUUUCUUUCCAGGUCCACGAGAAAUCUGUGCUGGUCCCCCUUUUGCCCUCCACUCUGCUGUUGGCUACCCUGGAUGGUAAUGUCAUCUCUCUGGUGACGUGGAUCAACAACGUGGCCGUCUUCUCCAUGUGGCCCCUGCUGCGACGAGAAAACCUUCAGCUACAGUACUUUGUGGUGCUGUUCCUGUGGAACUGGCUGCUGGGCAACUUUGAGCCCUCCCGGUUGUGGACUGCGACCCUGCCCAAGUCCAUUUUCUGGCGACUGGUGGUCAUCGGCUUCUACGUCGGCAUGGUUGCUCUGCAGGUCGCCGAGUACCUGUACCCCAAGGUGGACAGAUUCCCAGACCUGUGGGUGGUCGGCAACGUGCUGCUUUGUGCUCCGUGCUUUGCCCUCUUCUGGCUCUACACCCUGUGGAACUUGUGGGAUAAAAGAGGUGAGCGAGCGUGA